UAAUCUAUAUUGGUUUGGUAGUACUGUAGUAAUAAUGAAGUAAUACAGGUGUUUUUAGUUGUCGUCACUCGAAAUCAAUCUAGAUUGUCUUUUUACUUAUUCCUUUCUCUACUAUUCAGACACUCUUUCUUCCUUCUCUCUCUGAAGAAAAAAAUACAAACCCAAAACCAGUCCUGAUUCAAGAAAAUCCAGCUCAAACAAACACCCCCAAAAAAGAAAAAUGUCCCUUACAUGCGGAGUUGAAUGUGUACUAUGUCUAGGAGUAACAAGAUGGAUAUGGAAAAGAUGUACAUAUGUUGGUUCAGAUGAUAGUGCAACAUGGCCAUUAUCAACCCCAGAAGAUUUCGAACCAAUACCAAGAAUUUGUAGAGCAAUUUUAGCUGUUUAUGAAGAUGAUUUAAGAAACCCAAGAUUUGGGCCUGAUUGUGGUUAUGGUAUGAACCCAGAUUGGGUAAUUAAAAGAGUGACAUAUGAACAGAAUAAUGGUCGUGCACCACCUUAUUUGAUUUAUAUUGAUCAUACAAAUCAAGAAAUUGUUUUAGCUAUACGGGGUUUGAAUUUAGUUAGUCAAAGUGAUUAUAAACUAUUAUUAGAUAAUCGAUUGGGUAUGCAAAUGUUUGAUGGUGGUUAUGUUCAUCAUGGUUUGUUAAAAUCUGCUAUUUGGUUAUUGAAUCAAGAGUCUGAUACUUUGAAGAGUUUAUGGCUUGAUAAUGGAUCUAGGUAUAAGAUGAUAUUUGCUGGGCAUUCGUUGGGGUCGGGGGUGGCGGCAUUGUUGACAAUUGUGGUGGUGAAUCAUCGGAAUCAAUUAGGGGGGAUUCCGAGGAGUAAUGUGAAGUGUUAUGCUAUUGCUCCAGCUAGAUGUAUGUCUUUGAAUUUAGCUGUCAAAUAUGCAGAUGUUAUCAACUCUGUUAUAUUGCAAGAUGACUUCUUACCAAGAACACCGACACCUCUGGAAGAUGUUUUCAAAUCAAUUUUCUGCUUGCCUUGCCUAUUAUUUUUGGUUUGCAUGAGAGACACCUUCAUACCGGAAGGUAGAAAGCUUAGAGAUCCAAGAAGGCUUUAUGCUCCUGGAAGAAUGUAUCAUAUUGUAGAAAGGAAGUUUUGCAGAUGUGGGAGAUAUCCUCCUGAGGUCAGAACUGCCAUUCCAGUUGAAGAAAGAUUUGAACAUAUUGUGCUGUCAAGCAAUGCAACAUCAGAUCAUGCUAUCAUUUGGAUUGAAAGAGAAGCACGAAAAGCUUUGGAACGGAUGAAAGAAAGCAGUGAGGAAGUGGUAACAACUGCCCCUAUGGUUCAGAAGCUUGAAAGGUUACAGACGCUUCAGAAAGAGCACAAGGAUGCAUUGGAGAGAGCUGUUAGCUUGAAUGUGCCUCAUGCCACAACAGAGGAAGAGCAACCACCUCCACUCACCAUAACAGGUGAGGAAGAAGCAUCAGGUGCUUCAGCAUAUCAGGACACACAAACAGAAGACAAGAAAUCGAAGUCCGAAAGGAAAAGAACCAACUGGAGUGACAUAGUUGAGAAACUGUUCAGUAAACGCGAUUCAGGAGAACUAGCUCUGAAGGAAGAUAAGGAAGAUAUCAAGAUAGAACAGUAAAUUCUGUAUUUCAUAAACCACGAUUGUGUGCGUUUUAUAAACCACGAUUGUGUGUGGGUUAUAAACCACGAUUGUGUGCUAGUUCUUCUAAUAGCUCUUUCUCAAUAUUAUCUUAUUGUAAGUUGUAGCUGCCAGAUCUUUUACCUCUAGGGCUGGGCAAGAGAGUCAGUUUUGGAUUGCAAUAUUAAAGGGUAUGUAGUUUUUUGUGUUCUUGAUUUUCC